GCCGGAGAACAGAGGCGGCGCAGCUCCUAGAGCGAUCCUUCUUCGCGGGCCCGGGAGAUCCGACGUCUGAGCCUGGCAGAGGGCCACGGAACCACCCGCGGAGAGCGGGAGGGAUCUGGCGGCGAGCUCGCGCCAUCCGCCCCGCUUUUGCGCCCUCGGAGCGAGCCUCGACGCGACUGCAACUCGGGCAGAGGCGCUCUCCGCAGCCUAGGAUCGGCUGAGCGGUUCCCAGGGCUGCCCCGCUUGGGCGGUGAGCGCUGGGAGAGAAAAGGCAUCUUCCUCUUUCGCCAGGUUCCUGGUUCGGAGAUCUGGAGAGAUGCCUCUCGGCUUGAAUCUUCUCCCACUCCAGAGCUUCUUGGGAGCAGAAGUCCGGCAGUUCUCGACCCUCCAUCCCCGCUCACUGGAAGAUUCCCCGUCUUGGCUUGUGCGGUGUGGCGUUUUCCGGAGGGCGAGGGGGAAGCCAACUCCCAGCCCUCAGAGGCUCAACGUUUAGACACGUGUGGAUGCUUCUUUGGCACUUUUUUGAGUUCCUUCCAUCCCCGCCGCCGCCACCCUCGGUCUCCUUGAUCGUUCGCGAGGAGGCCUUGCUUUGCUCCUCCUUUUUCUUUUCCUGUCGCUCAGGGAGGAGACCUUUUUUUUUUUUAAUCUCUCCCUUUUGUGCAGGGACACACGCAAGCCCUCGCAGGCACAGCAGCAAGAACUCAGGGGCUGUCAUGUGUUGGGGAGAGGACAUCUUGAAAGCUGACACUGGAAGAAGGCACUGAAUACCUGCUCCUAAAGCUUCCAUGCCUUCCAGGUUACUGGGAGCUGAACUGUCGCUGAGGUAACUUUUGACUUAUAGGCAGAUCCUCCUCACAAAGUAUCUAAGGAUUAGGUGGUGGAAACCAGCAGGAUGCCUCGGAAUAGGGCAUUCUCCGAGCCCGAAUACUCGGUAGAGUAUUCUGCAGACUAUUCAGUCAGCUUGCCUUCUGACCCUGAGCAUGGGGUUGGCCGGACCCAUGAGGUGACGGUGAGGAACUCAGGUUCUUGCCUCUGUCUGCCCCGUUUUAUGCGCCUCACGUUCGCCCCUGAGUCCCUGGAGAACCUCUACCAGACCUACUUCCGGCGGCAGCGUCAUGAGACUUUGCUGGUCCUGGUGGUCUUUGCAGCCCUCUUUGAUUGCUACGUUAUCAUCAUGUGCACAGUGGUGUACACUUCAGAGAAGCUGGCACCCACUGUGGCAGCAUCAGUGGGCCUGGCUGCUCAGAUCCUCCUCUUUAUCCUAUGCAAGUAUGAACUCCUGCCUGAUCGUGUCACCCGGAAAUUCAUGCCAUACAUUUUGUGGAUACUGAUAGCUGCUCAGAUAUUCUGCUACUUGGGCUUGAAUUUUGCCUGCUACCACGAGGCCAGUGACACAGUUGGAUGGCAGGCCUUUUUUGUCUUCUCCUUCUUCAUCACCCUCCCCUUGCACCUCAUGCCCAUUGUCCUUAUCUCAGCCAUUUCUUGUGGCAUCCACACACUUGUGUUGGGAGUCACCAUUGCACAGCAGAAGCAACAGCAGCUGGAGUUCAUCUAUGGAGUCACCUUGCUGUGGCAGGUUAUUGCAGUGUGGAUGAGGGAAGACUUCAGCGUGUGCUGUUUUUGUUCCCAAAAAGAAG